CUGAGAGAUGAACUCAGUAGGUGACUAAAGGACGCUGGAAUUCUCACUCUGCUGAGUCUUCCUUCUCCAAGGAAGCGGACCCACUUGGACCCCACAGAAGCCUGCAGAGCCAAGGAGGCUGUUCAGCUGGAGCCACCUACAGUUCUGCCCCUGCACCUGGACCUCACAGAGACUGGUGAUAAAUGCCAGCUGGUGGUAUUUAUUCCCUUUGGUUUGGCCCCACUCGUGGCUCUGGGAGGUAGGAAGGAGCUCCUGGAGGACUCCUGCACCAAAACGGGCCAUGGCACAGAGGUGGCAGCUCCUGCUAGGGCUGUGGACAGUUGUGACUACCCAGGCUGGGGACAAGCUGUUCAAUGUCUGCAUGAACGCCAGACACCACAAGAGAGAACCUGGCCCAGAAGACAAGCUCUUUCUGCAGUGUGUCCCUUGGAAGGAUAAUGCCUGCUGUACAGCCACCACAAGCUGGGAAGCUCACCGCACAGAACUGCACCUCCACAACUUCAGCUUGGUUCACUGUGGAUUGUUGACCCCACGCUGUCAGAAGCACUUCAUCCAGGCCACCUGCUUCUAUGAGUGUUCCCCUAACCUGGGACCUUGGAUCCAGCUGGUGGACACACAGGGUCCAGAAGAACGAGUUUUGGGCAUACCAUUGUGCCAGGAGGACUGUGAGCAGUGGUGGGCUGACUGCAGCAGUUCUUACACUUGCAAAUCCAACUGGCAUGGAGGCUGGGACUGGAGUCGAGGGAAAAGCCGUUGCCCAGCAGGGGCCCUUUGCCGCCCUUUCCCAGAUUACUUUCCCACCCCAGCCGACCUGUGUGAGAAGAUCUGGAGCAACUCCUUCAAGGCAAGCCCUGAGCACAGGAACAGUGGGCAGUGUCUCCAGAAGUGGUUUGAGCCUGAUCAGGACAACCCCAAUGUGGCUGUAUCCCACCACUUUGCCAGCGCUGCCCCAGCCUGGGAGCGCUCCUACACCCUCACGGCCUUUUGUCUGUUCCUGUGGUUCCUCUCCUCAUGACCCCUUCUCCCAUUCAUUUUCUUGCUCCCACCAUCUAAGGGCCAGGCCAUGACCAUCACCUUCCUUGGGGUGGGGAAGAUUGAAGCCACAGUGGCUAGUCCCUGAGGCCCCUAUCUCUGUGUGAGAAGCAGCUGGGGGCCAGCAGUACUACAGUGACCCACCCCUUGCCUUUACAAAUGGGAUCCAUGUUGGGAUUCCAGGAGAGUCAUCUACUGGUCCUGUCCAUACCUCCCCUUCCAUGGCAGGGCAGGUGGUGGCAGCUUGGCCUCCCAUCCUACCGUGUGCUUCCAAUAAAAUGAUGAUGG